CCUUGGAGGACUCCCGUUACAUUUUUCGCGCAUCCCUUGGUUAAGGGAGAAGAUAUUUACAUUGUUUCAGGAGGUUCUGCAUCAAUUAUAUGUGUAUUUUUCUUCGCGCAUCCCACAGUUCACCGGAGGAAGAAAUAGUAAAUAGGGCGAAUUUAUGUACUGUUUUCACCUAGCAAGGAGUCAAGGAACCAACGGGAACGCAACACUCCCUCGUCAUGAAGCGUUUUUUUCAACCAGUGGAGAAGGACGGCUCUUUCAAGAAGCCCUCUAUCUCCUUCACCGAUCCCCCUCUUUCCUCCAGCAGCAACUCAGUUUUCGUCGAGGUCUCUCCCACCGUUGAAGCAUGCGAAAUACAGAGGCGAGAGCCUUGCAAGUUCCUAACUUGGAACGCCAACAGCCUCCUCCUCCGCAUUAAGAAGGACUGGCCAGAAUUCUCCAACCUAGUCCAAACUCUCGACCCGGAUGCUAUCGCCAUUCAGGAAGUCCGAAUGCCAGCAGCUGGGUCAAAAGGAGCUUCGAAGAACCCGGGCGAGCUAAAAGAUGAUACAAACUCUACGAGGGAGGAAAAACAGGUAAUUAUGCGCGCAUUAUCAUCUCCCCCAUUUCAAAAUUAUCGUGUGUGGUGGUCUCUUUCAGACUCCAAGUAUGGGGGAACUGCUUUGUUAAUAAAAAACCAAUGCAAGCCAAAGAAGGUCUCAUUCUCCAUCGACCGGAAAGCUUCAAACCAUGAACCAGAUGGGCGGUUGAUUUUAGCUGAAUUUGAAUCAUUUUACCUGUUGAAUACAUAUGUGCCGAAUAAUGGUUGGAAAGAGGAAGAAAAUUCUUUUCAACGAAGAAGAAAGUGGGACAAAAGGAUUCUUGAGUUUGUUGUUCAGCUUGACAAACCCUUAAUUUGGUGUGGAGAUCUUAAUGUAAGCCACCAAGACAUUGAUGUGAGCCAUCCUGAUUUUUUCAGCAGUGCAAAGCUUAAUGGAUAUGUUCCUCCCAUCAAUGAGGAUUGUGGACAACCUGGAUUUACUUUGUCUGAGAGGCGGCGUUUUAGCAACAUACUGUCCCAAGGAAAACUGAUCGAUGCUUAUAGAUUUAUUCACAAGGAACAAGACAUGGAAAGAGGAUUUUCUUGGUCUGGCAACCCUGUUGGCAAGUAUCGAGGAAAAAGAAUGAGGAUCGACUAUUUUAUAGUAUCAGAGAAGCUGAAGGACAAGAUAAUUUCAUGUGAUAUGCAUGGGCAUGGAAUUGAGCUAGAAGGUUUUUGUGGAAGUGAUCACUGUCCUGUUUCACUCGAACUUUCAGAAUUAAGUUGAAUAUCCACAGGUUUGCAUGUUUGCAAACUUUGGAUUUGAAGGGCUUGAAUUUUCAAAUAUCAUGGGCAUCAUUAUCAUCUGUUUUUGAGGCAAAGUUUUAUUGCUAAUUAUUUUGUUGUGUGAAAGGAACAAGGAUAUUGUAAUUUUUGUAGUGCUUUAGAAUGAGGUACGAUGCAUAAUAUGUUCCUCAUCCUCUAGGCUUUGUGCUUGAUUUUUCUUUCUUUUUUUUUUUGGUCCUUCCUCUAGACUGAUACGUAUCUUUUGCUUCUUAGCAGUCAUCAAUAACAUUAUGAGAUAAUGAUCUGAUCUGUAAUGAAGAUGAAUGCCAAAUUAUGGUUUUGGCAUAUUGCACUCAAAACUGCAAAUGAGGUAUCAUCUCAAAAUCCCAAUUAUAGUGGAGAUUCUAUUGCUAAAUUUGACACCUUGUUUUGACCUUGAGAGAGAAGUUAGUGGAAAACAAGAGAGAGAGAGAGAGAGAGAGAGAGA